CAUCAAAACAAAAACAAAACAAAACAAAAAUAUGAAAGAAGCACUAUCCAUAUUGUGUCUUGUUCUUCUUGUUUCGGUUUCCGAAGCAGCAAUAACUAAACCACAUUUUGGAAACUUCAUCAGAUGCCUUCGCUCUCGCACUAGUCAGGAGAAUCCCAUCAACGAUGCCAUCUUCACCGCCGAGAACACCACCACCUUCUUGUCUUCGUACGUGUCAUACACGAAAAACAAGAGGUUCACGAGCCCUAACUACAAAACACUGAUGGCCAUUGUCACGGCAAAACAUGUAUCUCAUGUUCAGGCCACGGUGGUCUGCGCAAAGUCCAAUGGCAUCCAGCUCCGUAUCAGAAGCGGCGGUCACGACUACGAGGGGCUUUCUUACAUGUCCGCUGUGCCAUUUGUGAUCCUCGAUAUGUUCAACCUUAGGUCAAUUACCGUUGACGUGUCAAGCAAGAAAGCUUGGGUUCAAGCUGGUGCGACCUUGGGAGAGCUCUACACAAAGAUCAACGACGCGAGCAAAACGUUAGCGUUCCCAGCUGGCGUCUGCGCAACCGUGGGAGCUGGAGGACACAUCAGCGGUGGAGGGUACGGUAAUCUCAUGAGAAAAUACGGAAUCACGGUGGAUCAUGUUGUUGAUGCUCAAAUAGUCGAUGUCAACGGCAAGCUCUUGAACCGGGCUAGCAUGGGAGAAGAUCUCUUUUGGGCCAUUCGCGGUGGUGGUGGUGGGAGUUUCGGAGUUAUCCUCUCUUGGAAACUCAACCUCGUGGAGGUUCCAAGGAUCAUGACAGUGUUUAGGGUUAACAAAACAUUGGAACAAGGAGGCACUGAUGUUCUCUACAAGUGGCAGCUUGUCUCAACCAAACUUCCAGAAACUCUUUUCAUCAGAGCAAUGCCUCAGGUCGUAAAUGGAACGAGGCGCGGGGAGAAAACCAUCGCGGUUGUGUUCUAUGCUCAGUUCAUGGGGAGAGCCGAUGAGCUGAUGGCUAUAAUGAACCAGAGCUUGCCUGAACUAGGGCUAAAACGUGAAGAUUGUCAAGAAAUGAGCUGGCUUAACACAACGUUGUUUUGGGCUGAUUAUCCUGCCGGCACACCGACAAGCAUCCUCUUGGAUCGACCGUCGAGCCCUGGAGAUUUCUUCAAGAGCAAGUCAGACUACGUCAAGAAACCAAUCCCCAAAGAAGGUAUGGAGAAGCUUUGGGCGACAAUGUUGAAAUUCAAGAACGUUGUGUGGAUGCAGUGGAACCCUUACGGUGGCGUGAUGGAUAGGAUUCCGGCGACCGCCACGGCGUUUCCUCACCGGAAAGGAAACUUGUUCAAGAUUCAGUACUUUACUACAUGGUUGGACGCAAACACCACAGAAGCUAGCUUAAAAAUGAUGAGGGAGUUUUACGAGGUUGCGGAACCGUAUGUGUCAAGCAACCCGAGAGAGGCGUUCUUUAACUACAGAGACAUGGAUGUUGGAAACAAUCCGAGUGGUCAGACAAACGUCGAUGAGGCUAAGAUCUAUGGUUCGAAAUAUUUCUUGGGGAAUUUGAAGAGGCUGAUGGAAGUUAAAGCCAAGUAUGAUCCUGAGAACUUCUUCAAGAACGAGCAGAGUAUUCCUCCUGCUAGUAACUAGUAGUGUUACUCAAAUUUAUUUAUCGGUGUAAUAAGUUAUGUGUGCAUGUGUUAUCAGCCUAUAUUGUUUUCUUUAUUGUUCCAUUUGUAUUAUGAUCAUUCGGUUGUAUUUAUUCUUUACACAAUUAAUGAAUAAUUUCACGGAGUC